AUGGAUGAUAAUGAAUGUAAUAACCAAUUAAGACCAACAUUACAUGACGUUUUUGGCUUGGAGGACGGUGAUAAUUUGAAUGGUAAUGAAGAUUCAUAUGGUGGAUAUGCUGAGGGUCCAGAUCGAUAUUUGGAUACCGACGAUGAAGACCUUCAAAACUUGGCUGAUGAAGAGACAAAUAGGUCUCAUCAAUCGGCUCAAGAUGAAGAUUUAAGUGUUUUCGACGGUAAAGAAGAUGACUAUGGGGAGGAUGAUGUUGAAGAAGAGGAAGGCCCAAUGCAUGAUGAUAGCUACACCGACGAGCAAUAUACAGCAGGCCCUAUUGAAGGUAUGUCUUUUCGUUAUGUACAAACCACCUUCGCAUUUUAUAAAGAACACAGUCGUUUGACUGGUUUUGGAGUUGUUAAGAAAAGUGAAAAACUUGGUUGGAAAUUGAGCAGGACUGUGAAGAGGAGUCUCAUAGCGCACGACAUUGCAGGUCUAAGGCCUUCAAAGAGCAUAAGGCUCUUGGAGGUCAAAGCUGGAGGCACUAAAAGAAUGAGGUGCACUGCCAAGGACUGUUGUAACUACAUUCUUCAGCAAUGGAGGCUUCGAAUACUUUUCAGCGAUGCUGCCGCAUUGCACAGAUUUUUUACUGAAAUACAGUCCAAGGCUGCCUACCGCAACUUCAGUUAUGUCAUAUGCUUCGAUAUAGCCUACCUCGUGAAUCAGUGGCGCAUGCCAUUUGCUUUCUUCAUCGGUGUUAAUCACCAUAACCAGUCCAUACUUCUAGGAUGUGCUUUGCUCACGAGCGAGGACAUCAAAACAUAUGCUUUUGUAUUCAGAACUUGGCUUAUGGCCAUGGACAAAAUCCCUCCAAUAGCUAUUCUCACAGACCAAUGUGAGAGUAUUAAGGCAGUCAUUCGCGAGGUGCUGCCAAAUACCAUCCACAAGUAUUGCAUUUGGCUCAUCUUUACCAAGUUACCCCGUAAAGCUUAA